AUGAUAUCUUCACCCAUUUCCACCGUCAGCGAUUUGAUCAUCCAGAGUCAUAACUAUCAGCAUCCCUCCCACCUACACUACCCACAUCAGUAUCGAAACGAGGAAGACCUGCUUGACGAUAUUCCGGCUCUCGAUUCCGACUCAGAAAGGCGCCUGCUAUUCGGGGAAAACUUGCAUCCUCUUCAAGUUUUUGGCGACUACUCGACGCAUCCCAUGCAGUCAGAUAGUUGGGGCGGCCUCGCCCAGCUGACUCCUAAGAUCAGACGCUUUUCUCACCAGCGGGAGUCGUCCUUAUCUUCACUUGGGUCGAACGGCCCUGCGUCGCCAUAUACUCAGAAUACAUCGAACCCUCAAAUUGCCAUUUCAGAAUCGACCUUUGAGGGAUUUCCUGACAUGAACCCUCAGGAAAUCACAAGCAACCAGUCAGGGUCCUAUUACCCGCUCGCCAAAUCGAUGGGAUGUGCAACUUACCAAACGUACCACGGUAUAGAUGGCGCAGUACCCGAAGUGGCAUAUCCAGUUACAGUUCCAGGACCAGGGAAGAGGCUACGCAUGGACGAAGGACUUCUACCUGCCCCAGAGCUAGCGGGGACAUACAACAGAUCUAAUCCGGCGUCUGUAGCUAGUUCAGUUGCGGGAGAUUCUCCGGCAACGCCGGCCGUGGGUGAACCGGACCAGAAAUCUCGCAGAAAGAAUGGUAAGACUCCAAUGACCCCGUUAUUUUCUGGCGGAGCAGCCUCCGACUUGGCUUUGAUUUCUAUAGACCAUGGACACAUCCCGAAGCUCGACCGGACCAUGACAGACGUUUACGGAGAUGAACUUUAUAAUCCAAACUUCACAAUCACGGCGACCUCUUCCCCUCAGCCGCAGUCUGUUACCUCAGCUGAGAGCGAUGUAUUUAAUCAGCGCAUCAACGCGGCGAACCACCAACAUCUAAGUGCUGCUCACUCACCAUCGUCUACGACUUCCCGCGCCCGAUCACCGUUUCGCACAGGAUCACCAUUUGCAGCUUCAUCUAGCCAUCAGUUUUCCUGUUCUCAAACCCCACCUAGAGAACAUGGUAGGCACACUCGGCGACCGUUCUCUCAUCCGGAGAAUGCAGGCGAGCCUGCGACGCCUAAAACUAUUUCUCCCAAGGAUGCUGUUUUGGAAUUCAACGAAUCGGAAGCAGAUAGCGUGUUUCCUCUCUUCCCCCAAGAUUCUUCGGGCUUUGAAAUUGAUCCACUGUCCAAGACAGCACCUUCCUCAGAACAUAGUGAACCAUAUAUUGGGCAGAAUAUGGAAACUCUUCACCAGAAUGAUCAAUUUGGAUAUCUACCGUCGCAGAUGCCUGUUGGAAUCCAGGCUGAGUUCAUCUGGGGCUAG